CAGUAGUUCCUUUAUAUGAUCAAAUUUCAGGUGAGACCAUUGCCAUGUCUAGUUUUUGAUGAAUCUGUAAGAGGAUUUUCCACAGAAGCAAUGUCUUUGGCUCCAGUACCUCCUUAUACAUACACACCCCUAAAUCUACUUAAGGAAGGUGCAAUUGUCAAUGUCUACGGCGUUGUGAAGUUCUUUAAGCCGCCUUAUCUCAGCAAAGGAACUGAUUACUGCUCAGUUGUAACAAUUGUGGACCAGACGAAUGUGAGGCUGACGUGCAUGCUCUUUAGUGGGAACUAUGAAGCCCUUCCCAGCAUUUAUAAAGUUGGGGACGUUGUUCGCUUUCACAGGCUAAAGAUCCAAGUCUAUAAAAACGAGCUUCAGGGGAUCAACAGCCCUGGUUUCGCAUCUUUGACAUUUGAAGGAACUUUAGGGACUCCUGUCGUAGCACGUACUUCAAGCAAACACUUUAGCUUCACUGAUGCGGACCAAAAAGUGGUAGAGGCCUUGCGGGUUUGGGCGUCCACGCACAUUUCAGCUUCUUCAGCUUUCGUGAAGCUGUGUGAUGCUCAGCCCAUGCAGUAUUAUGACCUGACUUGUCAGCUCCUGGGUAAAGCAGAGGUGGAUGGAACAGCAUUUCUUCUAAAGGUGUGGGACGGGACCAGGACAGUGUUUCCCUCUUGGAGAAUGUCCAUGCAGGAUCUCACUUUCGAAGGUGACUUGAAUCAUAUUCUGCAGCUGCACAGCCUGGUGAUAGACAUUCUGGUCUAUGAUAACCACGUUCAAGUGGCAAAGUCCCUGAAGAUCGGAAGCUUUCUUAGAAUCUAUAGCCUCCAUACCAAACUUCAGUCUGUUAAUUCAGAAAGCAGCAGUUCCUUGUUAAAGCUGGAGUUUCAUCUCCAUGGAGGGACCAGUUAUGGUCGGGGCAUCAGGGUUUUGCCAGAAACAAGCUCUUGCGUGGAUCAGCUGAAAAAAGAUUUAGAAUGUGCAAAUUUGGCAGUGAAUCAGCCCACAAAUGGUAUCUGUCAGUCAGAAAAUGAGGACAACUUUGCACUUUCAAGCUCCGGAUCAGGUUCAGUAUCACUGUAUGAGGUAGAACGAUGUCAACAAGUCUCUGCUACAAUCCUUACAGAUCACCAAUAUCUAGAGAAAACACCAUUGUGUGCCAUUUUGAAGCAAAAGGCUCCUCAACUAUAUCGAAUCCAUGCAAAACUGAGAUCGUAUAUGCCCAGAAAACUUUUCCAGUCUGUUAAACUUCUUUGUCCUAAAUGUCAUUCAUUGCAAGAAGUUCCAUCUGAGAAUAAUUUGGAUAAAAUUUUGCAAGAUGCUGCAACUAACACUCCAAACAGCAAGCUGCAAGGUACCUCAUGGUAUGACUCAAAAGUCUGGUCUACCGAAGGCCAGGGAGGACGGCAGGUCGCUGUUCAUUUUGUGAAAAAUAAUGACAUUCUCCCUCUUUCAAGUGAAUGUCUCAUUUUGAUAGAGGGAGGAUGGUUCUGUGAAGUCUCUAAACUCUCAAGCAAGUUUCAUAGUGUGAUUCCUGUGAGGUCCGGCCCCGAAGACUUGGAGCUUCUAGACCUUUCAGUACCAUUCCUUAUGCAAGGGAAGGCGUGUCACUAUGGAUGUAAACAGUGUUCAAGCUUGAAAUCUAUACAAAACCUAAAUUCCCUUCUUAAUAAAGGACAAUGGACUCCUUCCUCUGUGGCAGAAGUUCUGGGCAUUGUGCCUCUACGGUAUGUGUUUGUUAUGACUUUCACUCUGGAUGACGGAACAGGGGUAUUGGAUGCUUACCUCAAGGAUUCUGAGAACUUUUUCAAAAUCCCAGCAUCUGAAGUCCUCACUGAUGACAAUCUUCAGAAGAAUAUGGAAACAAUCAUGAAUAUGAUACAUCCUCCAGGAAUAAAAAUUGAUGCAUACCCAUGGCUGGAGUGCCUCAUCAAGUCCUACCGCGUCACCCUUGGAACAGAGCAGCGCAUUUGUUACCAGAUUUGUGACACCACAGUUGUAGAAGAUGUCAUCUAGUGCUGCCACUUAGUGCAGUGUGGGGGAUUUUACAGCUUUA